AUGGCUGCCUUUGAAUUGCCUGUGGAGCAUGUAGAUGUACUUGUGGUAGGUGGAGGGCCAGUAGGCCUCAUAACCGCCUACCAGCUUGCGCGCAACCUCCCUCGCUCUGCCCACCGCAUCAAAAUCAUCGAGCAAUACCCUAAAUCUUCACAAGACAACUAUGGUCGCGCUAUCACUCUCUUCCCCCGUAGCUCUGAGAUGCUUGACCAGCUUGGUCUUGCUGAUUCUCUCGCGCAACAGUGUUUCGCGUGUCGUGAGACAGUGAACUACGAUAAACAUGGCAAUGAGGUAGAAGGAAGAGGCUGGGCAUUCAUGCAGAACAUGAAGGAUACAAAAUGGGAUUUUGCGCUGGUGCUUAGGCAGAAAUACCAAGAAGAAGUAUUUAGGAAAGCGUUGGCGAGGGAAGGAGUACAACUUGACGCGCCGUAUACAUUGGUGGGGAUCGAGAUAAUAGAGGGAGUUGAGGUGGGUGGACAUCGCGUCUUGGCUACAAUCGAACACGGCGAGACAAAAGCUAAGAGCUUGGUCAAAUGCCGAUAUCUAGUCGGCACAGACGGCGGCAGGUCUUUCGUGCGACGAUCAAUGAACAUCCCGUUCGACGGCUCAUCUAGCGAAGACAAAUGGGUGCGUGUCGACGGUGUCAUCGAAACCGAUCUCCCCAAACCGCGAACAUACUGCGCUAUCGAAUCGCCCACACACGGGAACGUUCUGUGGGCAGCGCUAGAUCGAGGUGCAACGCGCAUCGGCUUCGCGUUCACAGCCAAGCGCCAGAAAGCAUACGAGGUGUUCGACGAAGAAGCCGCCGUCAAAGAGGCCAUCGCAUCCGUUAAGCCAUUCAGCCUCAAGUUCAAGCAAGUAGAUUGGUGGACCAUCUAUGUGGUCGGGCAGCGCAUCGCCCGUUCCUUCUUCGUAAACGAUUGUAUCUUCCUCGCUGGCGACGCAUGUCACACGCAUAGUUCUGGUGCAGCUCAAGGUAUGAACACAGGCAUGCACGACGCAGUAAACCUAGGUUGGAAACUCUCACUCGUCCUCCAAGGCCUCGCCAACCCAGACCUUUUACGUUCAUACGAAGCGGAAAGACUUCCCAAUGUACAGCGAUUGAUCAACUACGACAAAGACAUUUCGCGCCUCAUGACGAUGCAGCUACCCGAGGGCUGGACUGGCGAUCCAAACGCGGAUCCAAAUGAGAUAUUGGGUGUAGUCAUGGCUGAAGCAGCGACAUUCAGUAGCGGAUUAGGUAUCUAUUACGAAGCAGAUUCUUACUUGAACCUCGUCCAGAGUUCAGGUGUAGCUUCCGUACAGCCUGGUCAGCGCGCACCAGAUGUUACGCUGCAGAAACCCGCGACUUUUGAAGCUACGCGUCUACAAGUCGAGACACCGAAUACGGCAACGUUUUAUAUUGCCCUUUUUGCUGGGGAGGUGUCGCGCACGAAAUUAGCUUUGUCGGCGUUUACAGUAUCGACGUUGAGUCUUGCUUGGCUACAUGAUUCGCAUGUUCCUAUAUCAUGUCUUUCCAUCUUUGCGGGACCGGGUGGGCCGUCGGCAUAUGAGACGCUAGACGAAUCUUGUCGUGGAAAUGUAUACGUCUACCACACGGAUAAUGGCCAUUUCAUCGAAGGAGAUUCAGAGACUGUUACGUUCGAGAAGACGCUCAGCGUCCCAUGGACAUCCCAGAUCAAGUCAUUCUUUCUGCAUCCACAGAUCGACGCUGUUCACACGGUAAAAUUUCCGACCCAUAUUACUUUGCUAAGGCUGCCAUUCGAGAAUAUAAAGGAUCCAGUCGCCUUACAAGAGUUUCUAAAGGAUGUAACAAAAGACUGGCAACCGUUGUUGCUUGAAGGGAACCAAACUUCAGCCACUGGUCGUCUCCAUUGUUCACGAGAGAAGCGUAGCAUUCUGCUAGAGACACCUGCAGAAUGCACUCCAUAUCAUUAUCUCUCGAUAAGUUCUAUCGCAGGCAAUCCAUAUCGAUGGCAGGGAGUAUACGCCUACGACGAAAAGAUUGGCACGCAGGAUUGGCAUAAAUCCCUAAAAGAAGGUGUAUGGGACUGUUUCAAACCCCAGAGCACAGUCGAGCCUUUGCCCUUCGACGCCUUCGCGUGUUUGACUCGCGACAUCAUAUCAGGGUACAUCAGGGCUGUCACGAACGAGGCGCUGAACAUCAUGUCGGAGAUCGAAGAUAUAGAACACUCUUUCCAAACAGGUUCACAUCGGGGCUUGAGCACUUUGCUCCAUAGGCUCAACGAAUUCAAUCAUACGAUCAGGUUUCUACGUCUAUGGAACCAAAUCAAAUUCAGCAUCGAGGUUGCAAGAUGGGCAAAUGAUGUUUUAAGGCCGUCAAGAUAUACGCUUUUGCAGUUUGGUCUGCUAAACUUAGCUCAGAGCUUGGAGCAGUACCACCCAGAUCGCUUAAAAGAAAGUAUCGCAGAAUUGCGUCAGCAUAUUAUCGAUGUCGCUGCCGAAGAAAGGCAGGCCAGAGACGAGCGCCGUCAUAAUCGAGAGGAUGACCGCCAAAAACGAGAAGAAGAGCUCCGUGAAAUGCGAGAAAAGGGGCGUCGAGAACAGGAAGUCGAGCGUCAGAGACGCGAACAUGAUCGACAUAUGCGAGCAGAUGCUCAGCAGGAGAAAGACGACCUGCGAGCGAUAAGGGAAGAAAUGCUUCUUGCACAGAGCAUAAGAAUUGCGGAAGAAACUCAAAGAGAUAGUCGUGCUAUGCGGGGCAUAGCCUGGGUUACUAUUGCCUUCCUUCCCGCAACCUUUGUGUCCUCGUUCUUCGGCAUGAAUUUCUUCAAUGGUAUCGCCGGAAACGUCCCUUUCGAUGAAGCAAGUCGCAAUGUGUGGUUAUUUUUCGUAGUGGCAGUGCCAAUUAGUGGUAUCGUUCUGUUUGCAUUCUAUUUCUGGGACAAGCAAGAGAUGAAGAAAGACGAGCUAAGGUUGAGGGUGGUAGAGGAGGUCGCAACAACAGUUCAAGACGAGACUCGAACUGCACAAUCUGCAGGGGAAUUUUUGUAG